UCCAAGAUGGCCGAGUCCGUUGACUCCAUGCAUUUCGCAGCAAACGGCAAAACAAAUUCUCCCAAACUGAUAGCCAAACGACCGCCCGAGAGUCGACCGCAGUCUUCCAGCGACAUUUUCCCACCUACUCCCAAGAAGGUCCGGGUGGAGGAGAAGGGCCUGAAGCACAGGAAGCUGAACGGAGAGGUGUGCGCAGGGGAAAAACACAACGGGAAGCAGAGUUGUGGAAGCCCAGCGAAAUGGAGUUUCGGCCCGGCCAAGGCGAGCCACUCCACCGCCUCCGUGAUGCCCGCUACCCCUGUCCGAAAGAUCUUCAAAAUCAGCAACUUCCUCGCCUCGCCUCUCAAAGCGAAAAAGGCGAAAGAGAAACGACACAAGGAGGAGAUGAGCGCCGAAGCCCCGCGGAGCUCCGCCGCGGCUCUGGAGAAAGUGAGCCCCGCUAGCUGCCAUACAAAGACGGAGAACGGCGACGUGAAAACGCUCCAGAGAGAUCACAGUGUGAAGGAGAAAGACCGACAAAAGAAAGAAAAGGACAAAGAGUGGAAACAUCACCAAAUGCCUCCUGCACAUGACGGCUUUAGAGAAAACGGAGACGUUACUUCUCAGAAAGAAUCCAAGGAAAAGCUGAAAGCAGCGUCGGAGGAAGACCUGCUGCUGAAGAAACUCAAAAAGAAGAAGAAAAAGAAGCAUAAAGAUGGCGAGCGAGCGAAGGAGAGGCACAGCCGGCCCAAAAUGUAUCACCGCUCGUGCCAGACCGUGUGCACGGGGUUAUCUCUGGGUCUGCCUGAGUUCCUCGGUCAAAUAAAUGGAGACAACAGCAGCACUUUCAUACACGUGACGCCACAGCACCACCAGGAACCUGCUGUUACUGCCGCUACCUCCGACACCAUCUCCUCCAUGGUCAGGGACGGGUUCAGCUACAACUCUCCCAUCCACUGUACCCCAGCACCGGUCCUGCCUGGACUGGAGUUUGGCCAUCUGAUCCAUAUCGAGCAGCAGGCCAACGGAGGGGCCUCUGUGGCACACGCCUACAACGAGCGGCUCUCCUGCCUGUCUCCAGCUGAGAUGGAGCGCUUCGCAGAGGAGUUUGUGGCCCUGACGUUCAGCGAGGACGAGGCCAACGCCGGACGCUUUGUGAUGGGAAUCAUCCACGGAGCGGCCUCUUACCUCCCAGACUUCCUAGACUACUUCUCGGGCAAGUUCCCCAGCACACCAGUCAAGAUGGAGGUGCUCGGAAAGAAGGACAUAGAGACGACGACCAUGGCCAGUUUCCACACUCAGGUGAAGCGGACGUAUUCCAAGGGAACGUACCGAGCUGGAGCCAUGCGGCAGGUCAGCCUGGUCGGCGCUGUGGAUGAAGAGGUUGGAGACUACUUCCCGGAGUUCAUCCACUUGUUAGAAGAAUCCCCCUUCCUGGUGAGAACUCUGCCCUGGGGAACGUUCUCCAGUCUGCGGCUGCAGAGCCCAAGAGAGAGCGACGACGGCCCCAUCAUGUGGGUCAGGCCAGGAGAACAGAUGAUCCCAAUGGCAGACAUGCCGAAGUCACCCUUCAAAAGGAAAAGGUCCACUAAUGAGAUAAAGAACCUGCAGUAUCUACCCAGAACCAGUGAGCCCAGAGAGAUGCUGUUUGAGGACCGAACGAGAGCGCACGCUGACCACAUCGGUCAGGGCUUCGAGCGACAAACUACUGCUGCUGUCGGCGUGCUGAAGGCUGUGCGCUGUGGAGAGGACUGUGAUGCUCCUGCUCGGAUCACCAAAGACGUGGUGUGUUUCCACGCUGGAGAUUUUCCAGAUGUGGUCAUGAGGCUGCAGCUGGACCUCCAUGAACCCCCGCUGUCUCAGUGUGUGCAGUGGAUUGACGACGCUAAGCUGAACCAGCUGAGGAGGGAAGGGAUCCGAUACGCCCGAAUCCAGCUGUACCACAACGACAUCUACUUCAUCCCCAGAGGAGUCGUCCACCAGUUCAAGACGGUGUCUGCCGUCUGCAGUCUGGCCUGGCACAUCAGGCUCAAACUGUAUCACCAACAUGAGGAGGAGGUGAAUGAAGAGGAUAAGUGUGCACCAAGAGACACGGCGCUCAUCAUCAAAGAGGAGGAAGACGACGAGGAGGAAGAGAGGAGUAAGUGUGACCUUGCUCUGCAGACAGUAAUGAAGGUGGAGGAGGUGGAGAAAAGGGAGGAGCCUCCUUUGCAAACGCCAAUACAGAAUUUCAAGGAGGAAGAGCGAGACGACGGAGGGGAGCCGGAGCCGUCAGCAACGCAGCCGCUGCCCUCGGUCGAGAACAAGAGAGACGAGGUUCUAUUCAAACGUACACCAAUGGAAACUAAAGCUGAGGAAGACGUGAAAGAGGACGGUAAAGGAGGUGCAGACUCUUCUCAAACACUGCAGAGGAGUCCAGGGGAGGGCGGCGCAUCAAAGUCCUCACAGAUCAGGAAAGAAAGCGACGUGGAGGAAGAGCGGCUGCAAAAGACGUGUCAGGUUGUCAAAGAGAAGAGUAAAGAUGGUACAGGAAGCACUUACAGCACACCACUAAUCAAAAAAGAAAAGGAUAAAGGAAAGAGAGAGAGAGAUGAGAAGGAAAGGACUAAAGAAAAGAAGGACAGGAGUAAGGAGAAGGAGAAGAAAGAUCGAGGAAAAGAACGAGACAAGGAGAGGGUCAAAGAGAGCAGCACUUUACUGCAGAUAAAGAAAAAGGAGGAUGAAGAGCGAACCAGAGAGGGCAGUAAAAACUCUGCUGCUCAGAGGGACGACAAGUUCGACUCCAAAACACAACCCAGCAUCAGGAGAGAGAAGGAGCACGAUAAAGACCGGGGAGGCUCACAAGUGGCGCCUCUUUCACGCUCGGACACAGAGGAGGCUCGAGACUCGUGGCCACACAAACACAAGUCUUCGCACGGGAAGAAGGAAAAGAUCGGCCACAGGGAGGGAAAGGAUGGCAACACGUCGAGAAGGGAGGACGGCAAAACCCACAAGCAAGCAACCCUCCAUGUUAAAAAAGACUGCAAGAAGGAGAAAGAUGUCAGCAGCAAGGAGGAAAAGAAAAAGCCCGUUUGUGGUUCUUCUCAGACGGAACCCAAACCAGCACGGACGCUCUUCACCUUUGACCUCUUCAAACCGAUGGAGGCUCACCAAACAUUGGCCUUUUCCCUCUCAGACAUCAGACCUAAAGCUCAGCAUCACAGUGACUCUCGAGGUUCUUCCUCCAAGUCUGGAUCAGACUCGCGGACUAUGGUUUCCUCUAAAGGACUAAAAGUAAAGGACUUGUCGCUGGGAAAACCUGCGUCGACGCUACAGGACACUGGACCACAGCAGCACUCGAUAAAACAGCCUCUGAAAACACACGCGCACCAAACGCAAAAAGACUUCUUACUAUGAAUGUCUUGUCUGUUUUUACUGUACAACUUACAGCAAGGUUUAAAAAUAUUUCCAAGUUCAUCUUCCUUUCAGACUUCGGCACGCUUUAAGCUGCAACAAAGUUUCAAGCGUUGCUACUUUUGACUCGCGAUGUUCGUGUGACGCUCUGAAUCAAAGAUGAGCCCCGCAGGUAUUUUAACAGGCCUUAAGAAUGUAAGCUAAACAGAUCACUUCCUGUUUGUUAGCAGAUGUAUGUAGGCUUUAUAUCAAAUGUUAUGUGACCCACGCAUCAGUGCCUGUGCAGCACUUGGCUUCACUGAAAGCUUGUUUUAGGUACCCGUCUAGCCAAUCUGAAAACAAAAACUUCCUGCUUUAUUAAUUAAACACUGUUGGGAAUAGAUCAGCAAGUCGCAGAGCUAAAAGUUUCUUUUUCUUGUUUCUAACACUCCGAAACCAGAGCUAGUACCAUAGUUGUUUUCAGACUGAACGGUUUGACUCACACAGGGCUGUAAAUAAUACUGUAUGUACCAAAACUGUACAGUAUAGAUGUUAUUAGCACCAAUGUGAGAAAUGUAUACAGAAAUUGCAUAUAUUUUUUGUAAGACGAGUUUUAUUUUCCAUAGAACUUAUUUAUAUCAUUUACUGUCUGUUUUUAUUUGAAACCAAUGUAUGUGGGGGGAAAUUCUGUUGUAAAUACAUUUUAUUUCCUAAGAUAAGACUUGGUAGUGUGAUUUAUACUCUUGAUUAGAGCCUCUCCAAUAAAUGGUUCAAAAAUGA